AUGAUUCCCACUUUAAAUUCACUCACUCCUUCUAAACAUCAAGCCGCUGGCCAUGAUGGCUGCCUUGCAACCGAUUCAUUAUUUAUUAAAUUGACUGUUCAGCAAGAAAUUGAUUUCUACACUCAAGUUCAACUGCACGAUCAAAGUGUUCAAGAUGCUCCAUUAGGGUCCCAAUUGUCCCAUUGGAUGCCUACAUUCAUGGGGACAUUAACACAAGGAGAUGUAUCAAAAACUCAAACAGCAGGUCUGGAUCAACUGUCAUCAGCAGAAGGACAAACAGAUAAACAAUACAUUGUACUACUGAAUUCGUACCAUGGCUUUACCCAUCCUAGUAUAUUGGACAUCAAGUUGGGCGCCAAAUUGACUGACGAUGAAGUUACUGCUCCAGAGAAAAUUGCCAGGUUACAAAAAGUCAGUGAUUCAACUACUAGUGGGAGUUUAAAUUUCAGAAUUUGUGGUAUGAAAGUCUACAAUGGGAAAUCAGAUACUAAACCAGCUAAUGAACUAUACGAGAAUAUGAAUGACUCGUCCGUAUCUGUUAAUAUAAAUGAUGCUGAUGACCAUAAGUAUCUUGAAUUUAAUAAAUUUUACGGCAGAUCGUUGAGUAAGGACAAUAUAAAAGAGGGACUAGAAUUGUAUUUCAACAAUCAUUUACCUAAAGCAAUCGUUAAGAGAUUAUUAGUUGUGUUCCAUAAACGCCUUCAGUUAUUGUAUAACUGUUUAUUGGACUAUGAAGUAAGAAUAUUUUCUGGGUCAUUAUUGUUCAUCUAUGAAUCUGAUUUAACAAAAUGGGAAAAUGUUACAGAAGAUAACUAUGAUACAUACGAUCUGCUAGUUAGAGAAAUAGUGGAUGACGAAGAUGAAGAUGACGAAGAAUUUGAAGAAGACUCAAAGAAAGACAAAACACAACCGUUGACUCCAUUGAGUUCGUUAAAUUUCAUUGACUUUGCACAUGCCAAAUUUGUUGAAGGUCAAGGACACGACGAAAACAUUGUUCAAGGAAUUGAGAAUUUGAUUGAUAUAUUCAAUGCUUUAAUUGCAAAGUACGAUUAG